CGGGCGUGAGCCACUGUGCCCAGCCUCCUUGGGGUCCCUUUCUGUCAGUUGGUUUUGAUCUGUCUUCAUGUAGGAGGCAGAAAGAGGCUGUGGGCUCCUGUCAUGAGUAGGGUUGUGGUCCAGUGGCCUUGCUGUGGGCUGGUGGGGGCAAGAACACGGACUCUGUCCAGGCUCAGCAGCCCCAGGAGUGUCAGGGCUGUGGCCUGUGUCUGGCCAGCACUGAGGAGCCGGAGAGACUUGUCAGGCCUCCAGCAGCCUGGGGAAGGAGGCCGGCCAGGCCCCAGGGCAGCGUUUUCCUGAACAUGACUGGAAACCCUUGGAUCUGAUGGCCGGGCCAGAGCCACUGCGGACCUCCCUCCUCUUCCUGUGUCCUCGCUCCCAGAGGGGCUUCCGGGCUCAGCAAACAAAAGCACGGGACACCCAGGUCUGUCUCAGAUGAGCAGCAGGUGAUCUGUAGCCCUGUCCCCAGCGCCCCUCAUGAUGGGGUGGGCUGCAGGCCACGGGUGCUGCUCAGCGUCUGGACAGCCCCUGCCACAGAGAAUGAUGAGGCUGAGAAAGCUCCCACGCCGGGGCUCUCCAUGUGGCGAGUCUCCUGGUGGUCUUCAGGUGUGGCAGAGGUUGGGGUGGGUCGGGGGUCACAUCCCAGCUCAGUUGGUCCUGAGAAGCGGCCUGGUAGACAGUCACCGGCACAGAGGGCUGGAAAGUGCCCUCAACCCCAGAACCUGGGUCCUGUGAGGACAUCGACCCUGUGUGAGGCCAGGGAGUGCCCAGCAGAUGUGGGUGGCAGGGGUGGCACCAUGGGUGGGGGUCCCUGCGAAGGCAGGCAGCUGAGCUGGCCCUACCUUAGAGCACAGGGGUCCAAAGCUUGGUCUUCCCUGGGCCCCACUCUGGACCGGCGGACCCAUGGGGCACCCUGGCCCCACCCUGCCUGCUGCUCCCCAGCUCCUGCCCUUGCCCUGUGGGGCUCUGCAGCCUCCCCUGUGCCCAUGUGUCUCGGCUCACUAGACCCUGGACCUGCGGUCCCUCAGCCACACUCCAGUCCCCUUACUCUGUCCCACUACUCGGCCUGGUGCUGUUCAGCUCCUCCCUGCCCAUCUGGCGCCCAGCACCCUGUGCCCUGACCUCACGUUUCUCCCUCCGUCCAGGUCCCCUGCUCACCUGUGUUUUAGUCUGUCUUCAUCUGCUGACCGCACUGUGGAUUUUAAAAAUACAAACAUGCAUGCACGUGGUUAAGAACUCGCUGAUGUCAGGCUCCUGGGUGGAAGGACUGCCUGCUGCCUUCUCUUUUGUAGCUCUCGGACACUGCAGGGGAAGCUUCUUGGUUUUUUCCCCACGUCUUAUUUAGAAAUAAUUAUAGAUUUCACAGGAAGUUGCAAAAAAAAAAAAAAAAAAAACCACCUGUUGGAGGGGCUGGCACAGACCCCUCCCCAGUUCCCCUGAUUGCACACACAGGGCACGUGUGGGGUCGCUGGAUUUGCGUGUCGUGCUGUGUGCCUGUGUGCACCCACAGGUAUAACGCUGCGAUUUUAUCACGUGUGAAUACCUGUGGCCGUGAUCAGGCCCACGUGGCUUCCCGCUCCUGUCUCUGCGUGGGCACCCCGACACCUGGAAACCUGUUCUCCAGCUGUAGAAUUGGGCCAUGUUAGCAGUGUCAUAGAUGUAUGCACCGGCCUAAGCCUUUGGCGCCCUCACGGCCACCCACGUCCUCCAUCUCCUGCUCCGCGUUCUUGCUGAGCAGUCCCCCGCGGUGUGGUGACACCCUGACUCUCCCUUUCUGGCCGUUUCCGUAGAGCUGGCCUCUGUGGGCUCGCUGCAGGUUUCCUGUGAGCUGCCGUCUUUGUUCCCCGGUGAUCCAGGCCCAGGAGUGAGGGGCCAGGCCGCAGGGCCGUUGCUCGUUUGGUGUUGUGACACCCUGCACCCUGUCUUCCAGAGGGGCUCCCAUUCUGCCUCCUCACCAGCAGCGUGCCAGUGACCUGGUUUCUCCUCGUGCUGGCCAGUGUUCGGCCGCCACUGCGUCUGCUUUUCCCUGGUGGCGUGGUGACCUUUUCGCAGCGCAUGAGCGGCUGCCCGCUGUGCGGUCCUUACUGUUCCUCCCGGCAUCUCAGCCCACGCGUGUAAAUGACGUGUGUUCCCCUGCUUCUCCAGUGCCGCUGCUGACCUGGCGGGUGGGCCGGCUCCACUGGCUGAGGCAGUUGGCGCUGUUCACCCUCCCUGAGGCAGGGUCCUCAGUGAGAUGUAUGGCUGCUGCUUCCGGGUGACGAGCGUGAACAUCCCCUGUGGCUGCUGGCACGUGGGUUCUCUGGGGGUCUUACCACCUCCCUGUCUCAGCUCCCACUGGCCUGCGGAGCCCUGUGCAGUCCACAGCUGUGACAGCCCCGGCUACGGAGGCGGCUCAGCCCAGGUGUCUCCACUUGGUGCCCCCACCUGAAGUGCCCCACGCUGCCUGGGCCUCUCUGUGUCCUUCUGUAAGUGGCCCUGCCAUCCAUCUGAUCGGGUCAUUCGUGUGGUGCUGCCUGCCGGAAUCCUCUGAGGAGGGCUGCCUGGGGGCCCAUUUGGGAUCUGAGACUUGGCUUGGGGAGGCAGGUGGUGGGCACGGGCAGAGUGGGCCUCAGGCAUGCUGCACCUCCCCGACCUGCCUCUUGGGUUCCCGGGUCCUUCCUCCUGCCCACCUUAGGACCCUCCAGCUCCCCGAUGGCUUCCUGGGUUUGGAACAGACAGGUCUGGUUCUCAGUGGCUGUGCACACUGUUCCCCUGCGGGCCCUGCCGGGCCCUGCUCCCCCAUCCAGCUGUUGUUUCUGCCCUAGGCUCUCUGGACGGUGCCCUUGGGCAGGCCAUUGUAGUCCCUGGGGAGGCGGGGUCUGUCUGAGCAGGCCCGGAGAGCUCGCUCCUGGAUGCUUAGACCUGCGCUCUGGCGGCGCAGCUCCGCGCGGCUGCAGGCAGGGCUCUCCGGGCGCCGGUCCGGGUGUACCCUGCGGGCCCUGAUGCGCAUCGUCAGCACGCAGCUCCGCGUGGCCGUGGGCGCCGCGCUCUGUGCUGGUCUCCACCGUGCGCGUCUAGCUGUGGGCCUGGCUCCUGCGUGGGACCGGGCGCUUGCCCUGAAGGUGCAGCCCCUCGUGGCUGAGGGCAGGGCUGUUUGCGUAGGUCGCCGUGGUGCUGUGGUCUGCCUGGGCUCCGGGAGCGCUCGGAGGAGAUGUCUGGCUUCCUCCUGGAGUGCGACAGCUCCGUGCAGGACGCGCUGCAGAAGCACCUGGCGCUGUACAGGAUCCGUCGGAAGGUCACGGUGGAGCCACACCGGGAUCUGCGAGUGUGGGCGGUGCUACCCGGUUCCCCUGAGGCCUGUGGGGCCGCACCGCUGCAGGAGACGGCGGGGGCCGACGCCAUCCUCGUCCGCGACCCGCGAACGCGACGCAUGGGAUGGCGGCUCCUCACCCAGAAGGAAGGCCCAGCCCUGGUUCCCGGGGGCCGGCUCGGGGACCUGUGGGAUUAUCACCAGCACCGGUACCUGCAAGGCGUUCCUGAGGGGGUCCGAGAUUUGCCUCCAGGGGUGGCCCUGCCUCUGGAGUCCAACCUGGCCUUCAUGAACGGCGUGAGUUUCACCAAGGGCUGCUACAUCGGCCAGGAGCUGACCGCCCGCACCCACCACAUGGGCGUCAUCCGCAAGCGCCUCUUCCCUGUCCGGCUCUUGGACCCCCUUCCCACCAGUGGUGUCGCCCCUGGCGCCGCGGUGCUAACUGAGUCAGGACAGGCUGUGGGCAAGUACAGGGCCGGCCAGGGCAGUGUGGGGCUGGCCCUGCUGCGCUCAGAGAAGAUAAAGGGUCCUCUGCACGUCAGAGCCUCCAGGGGCGCUCAAGUGGCCUUAACCGCAUCUGUGCCAGACUGGUGGCCCACGGUCUCCACGUAGCCCGAAGCCUUGGCUGGCACCGGCUGGUGGAGAGGCUGGGGGCUGGGGGCUGGGGCCUGGGGCCUGGGGCCUCGGGCCUCUGUCUGUGGUCUUCCUGUCCCAUCUGUCUGCUGUGCCUGCUGGGUGGGAUCCUGCUUCCCACCUGGGAAAGUCCCCCUUGGCAUCGCCAUGCCCGGCCCCGCCCAUGCUCAGGGGCCCCAGCUGUUGGGUUGUUUUCUCCCUGAGCAUCCCGUAGCCCCAGAGGGGAGAAGUGGCCGGAGGAGCCCACCAUGUAGGUGCUAAGCCCCAGGGGGUGCUGGGCCCCAGUGGCGGCUCCACGCAGAGUUGUCUGAGAGGAUGGGCGGCCUCCGGGCCUUGCACCCUACUCUGCCCAGCAUGAGCCUCGGGGGUUGGUUUCUGUGCCUGGAAGCUGGGUGCUGUCCAGGGUCUGCGCACUGGGGCUGGGGCUUUGGAGUUGCCUAACUGCUUGCUUGCAGGGUGCCUCAGGGUGGGUUGUGUGUGGUCCAGAGGGAUCUGGGGCAUUGGAUCCGGUGGCAUGUAGGCAUCUGCACAUGGAGCAGCACGUGCUGCACACCUGAGCCAGGUGCACCUCUGUACUGGGGCACCAGGGCUGAGCCUUCAGGUAUCCCAUGCGGAAGGCUGUGCCCGCCGCCCCUGUUUCUCCACCUCCACCCCCUCAGAGCCCUCCAGGAGCGUGGGGCCGGCGCAGGGCUCAGGAGCCAGCAGGGCAGAGUUAGCAUGACCGGUGUGUGCUGGGUUUCUGCGUAGCCUGUGUUUGCAGUGAAGAGCGACUUGCUGUCAGCCUCCGCUUCACCCACUGGGUUCCCUUUUCCCAUUGAAGUGUGAGCUCCAUGUUUCAGGGCAUCCAUUAAAGAGUGAACCACAGGCAGCCUGUUGGGAGCUCUAGUUUCAUUUGGAGGAGAGGGAGGCCAGGGCUUAGUUUCUGGGAUCUGGCUGACUGGACCCUGGGAAUAGCUGUCCCUUGAGAACGCCCAGACACACCAGAUGAAGCACGUGGCGCGGCUGCAGGCCAGCAGGGGAGGCCUCAGAGGCCCAGGCUGGGUGCAUGGUGCCACGUCUGCAGAGAGCAGCCGUGUGGCUGCAGGGCGCGGGGCCUGGGGCAGGCAUUUGGGUCUUCACGCUUGACCUUGGGUGGCCAUGAGGGACAAGCAGGCAGGGAGCCUGUGUGGCCAUCCUGGUGCCAGGGGGACCACAGGCGCUCUCUAAAAACGUGCAGCUACAGCGCUUUUGGGGCCAGGCCAGGGGUCUGAAGGCAGCUCUGAGCUGCAGUGUAGCUUGCGGUCACCCAGGAGGAGGGCGUGGAGUGGACGCACGGGAGGAGGUGGCUGCAGCUGGAGGGAGAGGAGGGCCAUCCAGCCCUAACCGCUGCCAUCGGCUCUCCCAUGGGCAAGGAAACAGCUAGGCGGCCCUGACCCCUGGGGUCCAGAGAGCCAGUGGCCUUCGCCUCUCUUGGGCAGGUCACACUCAGCACAGGAUGGAUUCCCGACCAGCAUCCCUGCCCCAUUCCAGCCCGAACGGCUGCUGCUUUACAUUGGCAUGGAGACGGUUAAGCAGCUUCCCAGCCAGUUCUCUCUCCAGCUCAGCCAGGGGUGGGUGUCUGUGGCCUGUGUCACCAAGAGCCGGUGUCUCCUGCAUGAGGGAGUGUGGACCCCUGGAAUGAGGGUCUGUGCCUCGAACUCAAAGCGCCCUGGCUCCCUCACCUGCCUGAGGUUGCCUGGCAUUCCCAGCAGGGCCUCCUUGAGUGCAGCGACUUCUGGGAGCAUUGUAGCCUUGGACUUGUCAAAUGGUCCCACAGGUGUGGCCGGGUGAGGGCUGGGAGGUGAGCCAGGAAGGAAGGGCUCCCCUCCAGAGCGAGACGCCACUUGAGUGGUCCUGUGCCCCUCAGUGUCUUCAGGCCUCUGCAGGUGUCAGGAUAUCAAAAUACUUGGUUCAGUUCAAACACACACAUUCCAUGUUCUGUGUCUUUUUUUUUUUUUUUUUUUUGAGAUG